ACCUGUUACACUACUAAAACAAAGCGACGCAAGCUUUAUUUAUUUUUCAAUUUGGCAGGAGAUGAGGGCUUGAACGAGAGACGUAUCUUUGCGAACCAAUACGCUACAAUUUUGCCAGCCAGCGACAGCCACUACAGUUGAAAGAUACCUUUUUCAAACAACUCUUCUGGCUCACGAACAAAUAGAAAGUCAAUUUGUGUAAGCGAAAACCAUUCUGGAACAGAUUCAGGCUCUGCUUUGCGUCGCAGUUUGCAUUUUUCUCCCUUUCAGUAAAAUUUGUUAAAGGAUGGGAGCGCUUCCGUUUGGCCCAUCAAUUGAUACAAUACUCAAUAGUGCAUGCCGUUAUUUUUUUAGUAGGUGCACGCGUUGUUUAUUGAAUUCUUCUACUUACUGACAACCUGAGCUUUUUUGUAAAUCACUCACAAUCAACGUCAGGAUAUCAGGUUUUUAAAACCAAAGAAAUCAUUGUUUGUACAUCCUUCGGUUGACCGCAGACUUCCAAACAAAGGAAGCUGGUUUACGUGAAUUAGUAAUAGUUCGCCUCGUGUCACGUCCUACAUACAAAAAUUCCAUUACGAACCUUCAAAAAACAUUGACAGCCUGAGACUUACAUUCGUCCAGUUCCAACCACCUGUAGUCUUUUAGAUGGUAUAGUAUCUAAUGAAAUUUUUGAUCAACGUCUUUAAUGCUAUUUGUCCAUAACCAAUUUUCUUCAAUUGAAACCAAAAGGAUAAAAUAAAAUUUGGGUGGCCUUGUUCCAUGCGAUUUUUCAAUCCGGAUUCGUUGCAGCAGCUCUCGCGCCGCCGAUAGUGACAUCCGAAUGCGCAGAUCGUGCUUUUAAAGGGAUUUAUAGGUAUUGUUGCUGAAGAAGGACCCAAUUGGUAGUCCACCUUACAACGAAUCUUUAGAAAUAAUUAUUCAAUGAAAGGUGCACCUGACUGUCCAUCGGCUCGUUGUGGAAUAGACGCCGGUUGCAGGAGAGAGUCAGAUGGCUCGUUCAUCUGUAUUUGCACCCAUGAUUUAAGCUUUGAAAAACGUGAGAAACCCUGCCCACGGAACAUUGUGAGUUUAAACAGUUCCCCAUUUCCUGGCAACAAUAAGGCAAGGAUCACCAUCCACCGAAAUGUGUUACGCGACCACAACCAACUAUUGAAUAACAUCUUUAAGGCAUCUUCAACGGAGACGCCUGAUAGUAAUCAAGGCUACUCGGAUGUAAAAUCUGUGGUCUUAGUUUACAUAACACCCAUAAUUAUCGCCAUAUUGCUGAUUGGAUUGGCAAUUAUCUCAAUCCGGUCAAUCCGUUGGAUAAGAAUUUAUCGCAUGAACAACAGAAUUAAAUUCGGUUUACGAUUUUUAGGCAGAAAUGUCGUCCAAAACAAAUCUUUAGCAACCAAUAUGAAUCACGUGGAAAACGCGGAUGCUGAACCAGGCACGGGUCACCUCACAUUAUUCCUGCUGCGUGAAUGGAUCGAACUGGAACAAGAAAUUGGCGAAGGCUGUUUUGGUAAAGUCUUCCGUGGUCGACUAAGGCGCCCCGAUUCGUCCCUACUGCCAUCUGAUCCGUCCUACAUUCAUGUGGAAAGCAACCAAGCAGUAGCAAUUAAAGUGCUUAAAACUCCAUCACCAGCAAUCUCUUCUGGAACUGCCGAUCGGGAGUUUCUCCGAGAAGCCGAAACAGUAGCAUCGUUCUCGCACGAGAAUAUCCUGGCUUUACACGGUGUUGUUAUCAAUGAAUUCAACAUUGGACCUUGGUUGGCAUUUGAAUACAUGGAACUUGGUGACCUCGCCCAACUAUUACGUUCAGUCAACGGCUUUCCAGGUUUUAAUAAACAUGACAACUCCACAUCCAAGCGAUCUGUAAACCAGGACGAUUUAUAUUCGAUAGCCAAGCAAGUCGCUAAUGGAAUGAAUUACCUUGUCUCGCGAAAUUUCGUCCAUCGUGAUCUAGCAUGUCGCAAUUGCCUGGUGGGUGAACGGCCAUUCCUCCAUCCAGCAGCUAUCAGCGCCAGGUCGAACCUAAUCAUCAAAAUAUCUGAUUUUGGAAUGAGCAGAGAUCUUCAUUGCAAUGAUUACUACAAAAUGGGAGCCUCACGACUCUUGCCUGUCAGAUGGAUGCCUCCGGAAGCAAUUGUUUAUGGUAAAUUUAGCGAAAAAUCGGAUGUUUGGUCUUAUGGAGUCUUUCUUUGGGAGACUUUUUCGAUGGGUGCGAUACCGUAUUAUGGCCAUUCUAAUGAAGAGGUGAUUACAAUGAUUGUGAACUGCAUCCUUUUGGAACCAUCUGAUUCUACUCCGUCUGCCAUCCGCCAAUUGAUGUCUGGAUGUUGGAAGACGUUGCCAUCUGACCGUUUUACCUUUUCAGAGAUAAACGCAAGGCUCCACGAACUUUCGAAUAAAGUACUAUGGGGAGAAACAGAAGUUACGCCUGACAGUUAUGUUUAUCUUCAAACGUUACCUGACACGGAUUCUAUAAUGCCUGGUACAAUGAUUCACGUACUUACCGAUGGUGUUUACAGUAUAGGUAACAUAUCACCAAUUAUUAUGAUAGCUUGGCUAAUAACCCAGUUAACUUUGCAUUUAUGUAUUUUGUAUUCUGAAGGGAAAACCAUUGUUUGAACUUGCCAGGUUUCACUUUGCACGUCAGUUGAAUUACAAAUCACGUUCAACGGUUUGGCAAUGUAGGGUGUUUUUUAACUCCCCAUUUCCCUUCAUGGAGAUAAUCCGAAGUGGCACCGUCCACCGGAAAACGGGAACUAAUUCUAAAGAACAUACGAUCGAAUUGAUUGCUGACCAUGUUUUUCGCGUAGAGUAUUCGGAGCUACACUUGGUGUCGAAUUGGGAGUAAGCCAGUUCCUUUUUCCUCCAUGAAUGCAUCCACGUUGGUUGUGCAUAAAACAUAAGUUACUUUUAUUGCAAACGUAAGUGUAAAUCACAAAUUUCAUCCUAGGGCAAUCUUUUGCAAGUUAAAGAAAGAAUUUUCUUGCAAAGUUGAAAUUUUAUUUAUUUGUUUAAAAAAAAUUACUACAUAGAGCAAAUCAAUUCAACAAAGAAGCUCUAUCGUUUAGUUUGAGCUAAUAUAGUUCGAAAUAUGUCAAUCCCACGUCGAUUGAUCUGACAAUUUGCCGUGAUCCGUCUUAUUUUUCAGUUCAGUGAACUUCAUUCGGCUCUGCUAUAUUAAGCUGAUGAUGAUCUUUCUGUCCUAAUUCAACCUUGCUUUUUUAUUAUAUUAAUUGUUUUUUAAAUUCUAUUAAAUUAAUGUUAUAUUAAUUGUUUUCCUUUUCUUUCCUUUUUAUUGCUCUCUUGUUUGUAUGGGAUUGGACGACCAAUCGCUGGAUGCCAAAAUGGACGGCCAGACGCCAGUGAUCAUAAACGAAUGACCAGUUCACCACGUCGGAUUGUCCGUUCGAAAUGAAAUACAAUCCUCCAAUGCCCUGCAUUAGUAAGAAUGGUCAACACGAAAUUAAAACUCGUGUAAUAAACUUCCUUUUUAGACAG